AUGAGCCGCAUAUCCACCAUCUUGCAUUUGGCAUCUUUGCCACGACUGUCAAUUUCUCCUCCAAGCCAACUCCUCCAACCUGAUCUAUAGAACAUUUCACGCAUGACCUGCUUGGAGAUUAGCCGAUCGCUCAUCCUAGGAACGAGAUUACCAUCUGCCGGAAAAUCAUACAGCAGACGGGGGAACGGACUGCAGUCGAAGCAAAAAUUCAAGUGAUACAGUAUAACCCACCUGUGAGUAUAACCCUAGUUACAGACACAACGACAGUAACGGGAAAGGAACAUGCCGACGUCAGGGAAAACUCGUAAGGAAAGCUACAUGUGUGAUGAGUGCGGUUUCGGGACGACUAACUUGUCUACGCUGUCCAAGCAUAUGAACAGACAUCGUAGCGACAAACCCUACAAGUGUGACCAGUGUGGUUCCUCUUUUUCAUGGAAAAGUAGUUUGAAACAACACAUGGUUAAGCAUUCGGGUGAUGGUGCCUACGAAUGUGAAGAAUGCGGAUUCAGAACGGCUAAAAGAGGGGUCUUGGCUCAACAUUUGAGAAAACAUACCGGUGAAAAACCCUACAAAUGUGACCAGUGCGACUACUCUGCUGCACAGAAAGGUAGUUUAGACCGUCACAUGUUUAAACAUACCGGGGAGAAGCCCUACAUGUGUGGCGAGUGUGGUUUUAGGACUGCUGUAAGAAAUUUUCUGAAGAGACAUAUGGCAAAACAUACAGGUGAAAAGCCGUACAAAUGUGACCAGUGCGACUUUUCUGCUGCAAGAAAAUACAACGUAGACCGACACAAGCUUAGACACACUGGAAUGAAGCCACUGCGAAAAAUGCAUCUGUUCAAACACACGGGUUUAAAACGGUACUCCUGUGAGCAGUGCGACUAUACCGCGUCUAAGAAGUCCCUUCUCACAUCACACAUGACAAAGCAUAGUGGUGAAAAACCCUACAAGUGUGAUCACUGUGACUUCUCGUCAGCCUGGAAGAACUGUUUAGUCCAACACAUGGUUAAACACAACGCAGAGAAAGGCUAUACGUGUGACCAGUGUGGCUACAGGAAUGCUAGCAAGGCUAAACUGUCUGUACACAUGAGAAAACAUACAGGAGAAAAACCCUACAAGUGUGACCAGUGCGACUACUCUGCUUCUUGGAAAGCCGGCAUAAUCCAACACAUGAUCAAACACAGCGGCGAAAGACCUUAUAAGUGUGAGGAAUGCGACUAUAGGACAGGGCGUAAACUGACCCUUAUUCGACACUUUCUGACGCAUACAGGUGAAAAACCGUUCAAAUGUGACCAGUGCGACUUUUCUACUGCGCGGAAAUACAAUUUGGACCGACACAAGCUUAGUAAUACCCACACUAGUAAGAAACCCUUCAGUUACUUCUCCUGUGAGCAGUGCGACUAUACCGCGUCUAAGAAGUCCCUUCUCACGUCGCACAUGACAAAGCAUAGUGGUGAAAAACCCUACAAGUGUGAUCAGUGUGACUUCUCGUCAGCCUGGAAGAACUGUUUAGUCCAACACAUGGUUAAACACAGCGCUGAGAAAGGCUAUACGUGUGACCAGUGUGACUACAGGAAUGCUAGCAAGGCUAAACUGUCUGAACAUAUGAGAAAACAUACAGGAGAAAAACCCUACAAGUGUGACCAAUGCGACUACUCUGCCUCUUGGAAAGCCGGCAUAAUCCAACACAUGAUCAAACACAGCGGCGAAAGACCUUACAAGUGUAAGGAAUGCGACUUUAGGACAGCGCGUAAACUAACCCUUAUUCGACACCUUAGAACGCAUUCAGGUGAAAAGCCGUUCAAAUGUGACCAGUGUGACUAUUCUGCUGCACGGAAAUACAACUUGGACCGACACAAGCUUAGUAAUACCCACACUAGCAAGAAACCCUCUAGUUACUUCUCCUGUGAACUGUGCGAUUACACCGCGUCUAAGAAGUCCCUUCUCACAUCACACAUGACAAAGCAUAGUGGUAAAAAACCCUACAAGUGUGAUCACUGUGACUUCUCGUCAGCCUGGAAGAACUGUUUAGUCCAACACAUGGUUAAACACAACGCUGAGAAAGGCUAUACGUGUGGGGAGUGUGGCUACAGGAAUGCUAGCAAGGCUAAACUGUCUGAACAUAUGAGAAAACAUACAGGUGAAAAGCCCUACAAGUGUGACCAAUGCGACUACUCUGCUUCUUGGAAAGCCGGCAUUAUUCAACACAUGCUCAAACAUAGCGACGAAAAACCCUACAAGUGUGAGGAAUGCGACUAUAGGACAGCGCGUAAACUGACCCUUAUUCGACACAGCAGGACACACACGGGUGAGAAGCCGUUCAAAUGUGACCAGUGCGACUAUUCUGCUGCACGGAAAUACAACUUGGACCGACACAAGCUUAAUGAUACCCACACUAGCAAGAAACCUUUCAGUUACUCCUGUGAACUGUGCGAUUACACCGCGUCUAAGAAGUCCCUUCUCACAUCACACAUGGCAAAGCAUAGUGGUGAAAAACCCUACAAGUGUGAUCAGUGUGACUUCUCGUCAGCCUGGAAGAACUGUUUAGUCCAACACAUGGUUAAACACACCGCUGAGAAAGGCUAUACGUGUGAGCAGUGUGGCUAUAGGAAUGCUAGCAAGGCUAAACUAUCUGUUCACAUGAGAAAACAUACAGGAGAAAAAACCCUACAAGUGUGACCAGUGCAACUACUCUGCCUCUUGGAAA